AUUAUUGUGAUAUUUAUUAUUUAUAUUCAUCUAAUUUUUUUUUUUAUCUUAUUAUUAGUUAAUCAUUCAUUCCUAAUUCGAAAUCAUAAAUCACUCUAACAAAAUCUAUCUCAACUCUUGGUUCUAAAAUAUUGCAAUAUUUUUAUUUGCGUUUAUAAUAAUAAUAUUGCAUCUAUCACUAAACAUUUUAUAUUAUAAUUGAAAUCAUAAAUAUGGCUGUAGAUAUGGACUUAAAAAAUGCAUUCAAAGAACUUCAUGAAAAACUAUUAUAUGCAUCUCAAAAAAUAAAAUUGGCUGAUUUACAAAUUGAUACUCUUCGCCGUACAAAGCAACAUAAUAUUCUUACUAAGCAAGAACUAGAGAAAAUACCAAAAGAUGUAAAUACAUAUGAAGCUUUAGGCCGUGCAUUUGUAUUAACACCAAGAGAUGAAGUAUUUAAAAACUUAGAUAAAGUUAACAGUGAUACCGAACAAAAAAUUACUGUCUUAGAAAACACUAAACAAUAUUUGGAAGGUAAUUUAAAAGAAAGUGAGAAUAAUUUGCGUGAAAUGGUACAACGCAAAAGAGAUGUUGGUGGUGACAAAGAAAAUCAACCAGGCAGUUCUAAAGACUAAAAUAAUUUAAAUUUGGCUUUUCUUUAAAUUCUAAUGUAUUAAAUUAACAUCAAUUUGGUAUUUUUUUGUUUUCUAACACCGUUCCUUUUAACAAUGCGUUUGCUUACUUACCUACUAGAAAAAACCAAUUUAUGAAAUUACUUAUAUAUUAUAAUAAAAUCAUUAUAACAUUAUUAUUUUUUUUUAUUUUAAAAACAGGGAAGUUGUUCUGAAAACUUGCUGUAUUGUAGGCGUUUGCUCAUCAUUGAGUAAGUCUUUGUAAUGGAUUUAUUAAAUAAUUUAAUUUGAAUUCAAUGAUGAGAAUAUAUCGCCAUCUUUAAUUUCUAUUGAUAUUUUGUACCAAUUUAUACUGCUAUUUGUAAUUUAUUUUGCUAUUAGCAAUACAGUAUGUUGAACUUUAUUUUUGCUUAAAAUAUGACAAUAUAUAAUAAUUAUAAUAAUA